CCGAACCCGGACCUCCGUAGCUUACUAGCAAUAUUCCGUUUAUCAUCAUUCGCCUCAUACAACCGUCAAGAACGCUGAAAUUCACUACGGGAAAUAUCUCUUCAUUUGCUACUUACAAUUAGAUUUACAUCUGCUCUUUUGAAAAGGAAGAAUAAAAACAGCAACAGCACCAAUGGCUGCAUCAUCAUCCACAUCAUCCCAGCCGCUGCAACAUGCCGCCGUCACGGCUCCCCUGCCACGCAUAACCAUCCAGUUCUGCACUCAGUGUAAAUGGAUGCUGCGAGCUGCCUAUUUCGCCCAAGAACUCCUCUCCACAUUCUCCCUCUCCCUAGGCGAAGUCGCCCUCCAGCCCUCCACGGGCGGAACUUUCAUCGUCACCAUCCACCACCUCUCCCCAGCAUCCUCCUCCUCAUCAAGCUCUUCAUCAUCCCCUCCAUCCGUCCAGUCCACAACCCUAUGGGACCGCAAAACAGACGGCGGCUUCCCCGAAACAAAAGAACUCAAGCGCCGUGUCAGGGACGUCAUCGACCCGUCUCGAGACCUGGGCCACGUCGACCGGAAUCAUCGCGCUGCUGCUCCAGCUGCUUCGGUCACAGAGACAGCUCCAGUGGAGGAGACUGCUGCUCCCGUUACCGAACAGCCAGCGAAACAAGAGCAGGACCAGAAUCAAACCUCGUCAACCAUUUUAUGCGAAGACUGUACUUAAAGGAGGGAAUAGCCAAGGACGGGAGUGAUUCGGAGACAUGGAAAAAGAACUCAUGUAUGAUAUCAAAAGCAAAACGCUGCGUGGAGAGAGACAAUCUGGAUGAACAAGAUACCAGAGUAACAAGUAACACCGGAAUCGAGAACUGACGUAGCAUUGUCACCUUCUAGUUUUCUUCUGGAAGCCCUCGUAAUACGAAACACGUCA